AUGUGCUUGCCCCUAAAGUUUAUUCAAUUGUUUAUCAGAAUAAAUUGCUUUUGCUUUAUUAUUUUGGGGAUUGUGCUAAUCUCCUAAGUAUUCGUGACAUUGAGUCAAGGCGUAAGUAGUGAUGGCGAAGGAAUUGUAUUUACAUUUUCAGUAGGACUAGCUGUUGUUAUUGUGGGAGCAUCUGGGUUGUUGAGUUCGUAUUGUCCAAACUUCUGUAUAAUUUUCAUUUAUUCUUGCUUUAUCAUUUUCAUUGGAGUUUUGACAGCCUAUAUCACAAUUUCAUUAACCAUUUUAAAAAAUUAGUUACAUCUCAAUUACCUGCUGCUGAGAAAACAAAGGAGUAAAUUUUAUGGGCGGAAACUCAAUUUUGUAAAUAUGACUGCAUUUGUUAUAUCGAGAAAAUCCAAGACUGGAAUUCUGACUACCUGGAGAAUAAUCGCAUACAUUAUACAACCAAUAGACAAAUCAGUGAUAUAACACAAUAUUAAAAAUGCAAAAAGUGGAUUAAAAUUGAUGGAGCUUCAUAUUCUUACAUUGCAUAUCUGGAGGAAAAAUAUAGUUGUUCUGGAUGGUGCAAAUCUCAUCCAGUCUACCUUUUUUCAAACAUCAAUAAUGGGAUCCCAUGCUUGUUAUCCAUACUUUGAAUAAGAAUACGAGUAUUAUGUGAACAAGUCUUACAUCGAUUAUUUAAUAGUGGAUUUUCUCUAUCUAUUUAAUUUAUGCUUUGCCAUAUGCUAAUGCUAUUAGACUAGUAGAAAUAAAAAGUCUAGAAUCUAUCCUCAGAUUCUUUAUGAGCUUGCCCCAUAAUGAAUAUUGUAAACUGUACUUUCUAUAUAAAAAUAAGAAUAAAGAAUUA